AGCACGGUCGGGCGACCAAACGAGCAUUUUAUCACGGUGAUUCGUUGUGAAUGCAUCGUGUAUGCGCUAACAGAGUUUGCGAAAAGUGUUCGUUACCUGUUUGGAAGUGGUAUAUCGGGUUGUAGUGAACGAGUGCCUUCGGCCGUCAUAAUGUCGUCCACCGUAAAAUUUACUUCGGACGAGAGUCUAGGUGAGUCAUGGGUGGAAUUGAAUCCUGUACCAGACAGGGUAACACCAUUACCGUUCGGUAGCGGUGGAGAGGAGUACCUGCGACUUCUGAGAGAAGCACAAAGGGAUUCCACACAGUCCUCUGCCAAGCAUUCUUUGGCGUCUUCCCGUCGGGGCACACCUAGAGACAGCCCGGGAAGUCCACCUAACAGCCCCAACACGGAACUGUCAACCGAAGACGAGCUGAAAGGUGUCUAUAUAAAUUACAGCUGUAACAAGGAGUCUGAACUGUUGGAUAAAAAUACCGACUGGAUCUACGAAUGGAGUUCGCGUCCAGACCAAGUGCCGCCAAAAGAUUGGAAAUUCAAGCAUCCUUUAGGAAUGAACAAAAGGAAAUCGUACAGCAUUCGUACCACGAAAGUUGGCAAGAUUGGAUUGUUCUCCAAAGAGGUCCUCUACACUCUUUUCAUUACAAACAUUCUGUCCGUUUUGGUUGGAGCUGGCCUAGGAGUCUGGCUAACCAGGCGGGGAUCGAUAACGUCCAGCGUGACCAUUGAGUGAAGAAACACAGCCAGGAACGCGAAUACGAGGAUUGCUGGCCUUGAAAUUGCAAAAAGGAUGGAGUAAAGGAUUGUUCCAUAUCGAGCUGCAAGAAAGACUGAAGAGCCAAGAGGGUCGAUUGAGCCUAAAAAAAAAAAAGAAGGAAACACGCAUCACAUUAUUUCGAUUACCUUCGAUUCUUAAUAUUAGCACUAUUCGUCUUAACCUUUCCCUGCCCUCAAAACUUAUCGGUGUACUUAUCGAACGCCGUAUUAUCGUGUAAGUCGUAUUCAAUUAUAUGCUUAGGGAGAAAUGCUAAAAAAGAAAAAACAAAGGAAAACACAAAAAAAUAUAAUAAGAAUAAUAUGAUUUAUUAUUAUAGUCUAGCGUUGUUGAGAAAACAAAACAUGUCCAAUUUUAUACCGUUUCUAAUGCGUUUCUAUCUGCGAUAGUUUAUAGGUAUAUAGCUUGGAUAGUAUUUAUCGAUAAUUAAUUAUUACUUGUUACUUGAAGCUGAAACAGAGUUGAGCAAAGAUACAGAAUGUUUAUGUAGGAAGUGGAUAUAUGAGAGAAUUUGCAUUGUUCGGACAUGUAUGGAAUACUACAAAGAGAGUACACGGUAUAAUAACGAGAAAGAACGAAUAAUAAGGGGUCACGAUAAGAAAGGAGUUGUAUGAAAAUUCUGCUGCAUUGAAAUGAACGUUCAAUGUUGAUAUGAAUAUGCAAUCGUGUUCUAACACAAUCAACAUUCGAUCAACGAAAUUCGUGGUUUCCUCGUUUCGACAGAAUAAUAAUUGAAAUCUUUUCAUAACAUACAGUGUAUAACGUUGAACAAGAAUAAAUCGAUCCGUAAGAUUUUUUGUUCCGUUCUCGUGUUUUUGAGUUCGCAAAGUUUGCGACGGUCGAAAGUAUACGCGUGCUAAAAGAUCAUACGUUUAGUCAUUCAUGUUCCAUUUCAUAAUAAAUUAAACCGAGGACUGAUAGUUGGAACACAAAUAUUUACUUUAAAUUACUCGGCACAUAUCUAUUCUUAUGUAUUUAUUAUGUAGAUAAUACCGAAAACGCACAAUUCUACAAAAUUGUGUUUCGAUAACAGAUAAAACACAAAUAAUCGUAUGUAAUCCUUGUUUAAUCUUAAAAAUUGACCAAAUUAACAGUUUCGUGGAGUUAAAGGUCGUGUUUUUUUCGAUAGCACAACGUGUGACUUUGAUUAAAUUAUGUCGAAAUAAACUACUUGAUAGCGUUCACAUUAUUUUGUCAGCUUUUUAAGGUUCAUCGUGUUCUUUCACAAAUAAUAAAUAUACAUAUAUACCUGUACCGCGUAUUCAGUGUAAGAUGCUCUGUAUAUUAUGAAAUAGUGCGUACUCGAUGUAAGUAGGAAUUAGCCACGCAGGUUUUUUGUAUUUUCAAUAUAAUUCUGUAUAUUAUA